AUGAGUCAAGAAGAUGAUCCAAUAAUAGAUAAUAAUAAUAAUCUACUAAACAACCAGAAUGAGAAAGCAAAUUCAAAUCAACAUUUACCACGGCCAUCAUCACAACAAGAACAUCAACAAGAUUCGGACUUGGAUUUAGAAGAUGCUAUAGGAGAUGUGUUUAAUCAAUUUAAUUUUGAAGGCAAUAAUGAAAAUACUGAAAUACGACAUCAUCAACAAAAUCAAGAUAAAGAUCAAGAAAAAUUAUCACAACAACUACUAUCCAGUGAGAUACGACAUACUUCCGAUAAUAAACAUUCAGAUGAUAUGAAUAAUGCUAUAGAUGAUACAUUCAAUGAUAUUUUUCAAACUAAUCAACAACAUUCACAAAAUCAAGAUUUUUCACCUCACGGUCAAAAUCAAAAUAUUCAUAAUAAUGCAAAUGAUGAUAAUAUGGAUUUAAAUAAUGCUAUAGGUGAUGCAUUUGAUGGUAUGUUUCAUGAGGAAAGUGAUCGACCACGAGAGAGUGAAUACGCAAAUACUGAUCCAAAUCAGGAUUCAGAAAAGAAUAAGGAUGAUGAUGAUUUGAGUAAUGCAAUAGGUGACGUGUUUGAUAAUAUGUUCAAUAGUGAUCGCCAAACUCACCUGGAACUGAAUCUACGGAAACAAACAGAAGAUGAAGCAAAUUCGAGGAAGAAUCAUAAUUUACCACCGCCUGAAAAGAAUAACGUACAGAAUGAUACAGAAGAAGAGAGUCUAGAUGACGUUAUUGGAAAUGCAUUUGAUAGUAUGUUUAGUGGUAACGAAAAUACAAAACCGAGUGAGAGUAAUCAACAAGCAGAUGAUAAAGAAAAUCUAUCGAGUCAAGAUAAAGAUACAAUUGCUCUAAAUCAACAACAGCUGUCUGACAAUCAUCAAAUAUUAGCUAACAAAGAUGAGGACAAUUUGGAUGAUGCUAUAGAAAUUGCCUUUGAUAAUGUUUUUGAGCAACAAAAGCAAUCCAAUGACCUGGAAAAAUCAACAACUGAAAAUAAUGCAACUACAAAUGAAGCUAGAGACAAAAAUGAUGCAAAAGAAACAAUUAAUAGGAGCGAUGAUUCUAAAAGCAGUGAUGAGGAUAAUCUAGAUGUUGCCAUUGGUGAUGCAUUUAAUAAUAGUUUUGAAAAUAACAAUAAAUCAGCUGAAAAAUUAAGUACUUUAAAUGAAAAAGGUUCAAGUAAACUGAUACGUAAUACUAGUAACGAGAUAGAAGCAGAUAAGCAAGAGGAAAACUUGGACCAUGCUAUUGGAGAUGCAUUUAGUAACAUAUUUGAGGCUCAAAAUCAAAAUCAAAAUCAAGAAGGAAAUCAACUACCUAUAGAGAAUACGGAAACAACAUCAACUUCAAACAAAGGUGACAGUGUUUCCAAUGUUAAUAAGGACGAUUUGGCUCAUAUAGCAGAUGAAUCUAAUAAAACUGUUACAAAUAUAAAUCAUGAAAACACAUCAAUUCAAUCAUCGACAACAUCAAAUACAUUACAAAUCAGAGAUAGUAACAACAAUAACGACGACAAACCGGAAGAAAGUUUGGAAGAUGCAAUUGGAGAUGCUUUUAGUAAUAUUUUUGCUAAUGAAAACACAUCCAAACAUUCCACAUCAUCAAAUGAUUCAUCAAGACAAACUAAUGAUAAAAAUACAUCAAAAGAUAAAGAUAAUGAUAAACAAGAAAAUUUGGAUUAUGCCACUAUAUUUAGUCGGCAAAAUCAACAAUAUCUCAAAGAAAAACCACCAAUAACCAAUGUACUUGAGCAUAUACCAAAAUCAAUUAAGGCAGUUCCAAAUGCUAAAUCAAAUGUUAAAUCCACUCUGCAAGAUGAAUUCAUAGAUCCUGAAUUAAGUAAUUUAAUGUCUGAGAGGUCAUCCAUAAGUUUAACUAAACAAAAUAAAAACAAAGCUACUGUUCCUAAACCUUCAACUACUAUAGAAGAGCAAUCAAUUGAUGAUGAAUUGAAUAAUGCAAUUGGUGAUGCUUUUAAAGAUAUGUUUGGAAAAUCUAACAUUGCACAACCUGACUCAAGUCCUAAGACAACUACUGCUCAACCUAGUGCAGCUCAAGAUUCAAACAAUUUAGAUGAUGAUUUAGAAAAUGCAAUAGGUAGUGCAUUUAGUGGAAUUUUUGGAAAUCAAAAUAAACAAGCACCUCCUAAACCUCAACCUCAACAAUCUUUUGAUAAAGUAACUGGUUCACUGAAAGAAGUAGAUGAUGGUGACUUAGAUUCAGCACCUGUCUCAGCAAUCAAGGAUAUUUUAGGUGUUUCUAAACCAAAUGAUAAAGUUGAAGAAGAUGAUUUAGAUGAUGUAAUUGGUAAUGCAUUUAAUAAUAUUCUACAACAUGAAAAAGAAUGGAAAAAAGUUUCAUCAACUCGUAAAGAUUCAUUAGUUGGAGAUGAUGAAUUAAAUGAAAUUGUUUCACAAUCAUUUCAACAAAUUUUCCAAUCUCAACCACAACAACAAUCAUUACCAAAGGAAGAAUUAGAUGAAAUGGAAGAUGCAAUAAGUCAAGCAUUUAAAUCAGUAAUGAAUAAUCAAAGAAAACCAUCAGAAGCAGUACAAAAUUUAGUUUCCCAAAUACCUCCAACUAUACCGAAUAAAGAAAAUUAUGUUAAAAAAUUAGCUGUUGAAAUAUCACAUCAAGUGCAGGAUCAUUUGAAACAUGAUAGAAAUAGAUUAUCUCAACAACAACCAUUUAUAUCUGGAUUACCAAGACUAGAUGAAAGUAUAUUAGCACAUUUUGAAACAAAAGACACUGGUUCAAACUCUAAUGUUGCAGAUUUAGAACAAUUACAAAUGAAUGAUAUUUUACAAAAUGCAUUUAAAAUGGCUAUUGAACGUCCAAAUGAAUUACUUUCAGAUUUGGAAAUUGAAGAAGAAAUACCUAAAGAAAUUUCAAAACCAAUUUUUAGACCAUCAAUAAGAAAACUUGAAUCUCCAAUAAUUGAAGAACCUAAAACUCGACCAAGUUUACUCUCAAAUCCUGCAGUUACUUCACAAUUAUCAUCAGUUAUAAGUUCAUUAACUUCAAGAAUUAAUUCUGGUGAAUUAUCAAAUGCAAAUAUUUUAUCAGUGAUUAGACAGAUGACUGAGGAGUUAUCAAGUGGGAGAAGUUUAACUUUAACAUCUUCAUUUUUAAAAAAACCAAUUAAUGUAGAUACUAUAAUUGAAUCAUAUAAGGCUGAAAACUUACUUAAAAUUAUAAAUAUUUUAAAAUAUUCAAUUAAAUAUCUCCAAAUUGUAAGUUCAAUAGAUGGUGAUAAUGCAAUAAAUAUAAUACGAAGUAUAAUUAGAAAAUUUGAUCCAAUGAAUGAAAAUGAAGAAAUUGUAAGUCUUGAAAUUGGUCAAAUUGGAGAAAUUACAAAACUUUUUAAUUUUACAAUGAGUUUAAUUGUGAAAUAUUCAUCGGGGAAUAGAUUUAGUCCAAGUACUUUAUUAUCAAUUGAGAAGAUUAAAUUAAAUGGUCCAAGAAUCAACUCAUCUAACAAUUCUACAAAUUCACAAAUUCAAAAUCAAAUAUCUCAAAAUCUGGAUACGAAAAAAUUGGUAACUGAUUUAUACAAUUUAUUUUCUGGAUCUUUAUCAUUAGAUAAUUCAUUGUCAAUGGUUAUAUCCACAGCAAUUACAAUUUCAUUUGGAAUAUAUUCAAUAAAGACACCAGAAUCAUCAAUUGAAGAUUCAAUCAAGGGCUUAGAAAUUAUUUUGAUUUCAAUUUUUGAGUCAACUCCAGGUAUGACAAAUUAUAAAGAUGCAUCACCAUUAAAUAAAGAUAAAUUACAACAAUUGUUAUUAUCUACAAAUAAGAGGAAAAAUGAAAAUAUUGAUGGAAAUGAAUAUAAACGAAGAUUUAUUUCAACUGCAACUGAUACUGAAUUAAAUUAUUUAAAUCUUAAAAUGAAAAUGCCAAGUUAUAAACGAAAUUCAAUCAUAAAUGAUAAAACAAUUACUCAAGCAAAUAACGUUAAAACGAGUUUGAAAUUACCAAGAAAUUCACCAUUUUUAUCAAAUAAAAUCAAAUCAACAACUCCUAGUCCUUCUACUGUUUCAGUCUCAGCAAAUUUGAAAAAACCAGGUAGUUUCCAAAAACCGACUAGUUUUCAAAAACCAAAUGCAACUGGUGAAAAACAUAAGGCUUCAAGUUUGGGAUUUCCAAAAUUAUUUUCUACUUCACAUUAA